AUGGGGCUAAGUAAUGCAACCUCCUGGAGGGGCUUUGUCUUCCUGGGCUUUUCCAGUUUUGGGGACCUGCAACUCCUGCUCUUUGCCAUAUUCCUCUCCCUCUAUCUCAUCACUCUGACCAGCAAUGUCUUCAUUAUUUUAGUUAUUAGGCUGGAUAGCCAUCUGCACAUACCCAUGUACCUCUUCCUUUCUUAUCUAUCUUUCUCUGAAACCUGCUAUACCCUGGGCAUUAUCCCCAGGAUGCUCUCUGGCCUGGUCAUGGGGGAUCAAGCUAUCUCCUAUGUGGGCUGUGCUACCCAGAUGUUCUUCUCUGCCUCAUGGGCCUGUACCAACUGCUUCCUUCUGACUGUCAUGGGCUUCGACAGAUACGUGGCCAUCUGUGCUCCAUUGCAUUACGUCAGCCGCAUGCAUCCUACCCUCUGUGCCCAGCUUGUAGUCACCUCCUUUCUAGGUGGGUAUCUCUUUGGGCUGGGGAUGACACUAGUCAUUUUCCGCCUCCCAUUUUGUAGCUCCCACGAAAUCCAGCACUUCUUUUGUGACACGCCCCCAGUGCUGAGCCUCGCCUGUGGAGAUACGGGUCUGAGUGAGCUGGGGAUCCUCAUCCUCAGUCUGCUGGUCCUCCUGAUAUCCUUUUCUCUCCUCACCAUCUCCUAUGCCUACAUCCUGUCAGCCAUCCUAAGGAUCCCCUCUGCUGAGGGCCGGAAGAAAGCCUUCUCCACCUGUGCCUCCCACCUCACCGUCGUCAUUGUUCACUAUGGCUGUGCCUCCUUUAUGUACUUGAGGCCCAAGGCCAGCUAUUCUCUGGAGCGGGAUCAGCUUAUUGCUGUCACCUAUACUGUGGUGACUCCUCUCCUCAACCCCAUCGUUUAUAGUCUAAGGAAUCGGGCUGUGCAGACAGCUCUGAAAAAUGCUUUCCAAGGAAGAUUACUGGGAAAAGGAUGA